AUGUCGGAUCCCAACUCGACUGAGGCCGAGAAGAACAUCGAGAUAUGGAAGGUCAAGAAGCUCAUCAAGAGCCUCGAGGCCGCUCGCGGUAACGGAACGAGCAUGAUCUCCCUCAUUAUCCCCGCUGACGCUGCACCUCAGGGUACCGCCUCCAACAUCAAGUCGCGAGUGAACCGACAGUCUGUCCUCUCCGCCAUCACCUCGACCCAACAGCGUCUCAAGCUCUACAACAAGGUGCCGCCCAACGGCCUCGUCGUCUACUGCGGUGAAAUCCUCACCCAGGAGGGCAAGGAGCGCAAGGUCAACAUUGACUUUGAGCCCUUCAAGCCCAUCAACACGUCGCUGUACCUCUGCGACAACAAGUUCCACACCGAGGCCCUGUCCGAGCUCCUCGAAUCCGAUCAGAAGUUCGGCUUCAUCAUCAUGGACGGCAACGGUGCCCUGUUCGCCACCCUCAGCGGCAACACGCGCGAGAUUGUCCACAAGUUCUCCGUCGAUCUGCCCAAGAAGCACGGCCGUGGUGGUCAGUCGGCCCUGCGUUUUGCCCGUCUCCGUGACGAGAAGCGCCACAAACUACGUCCGCAAGGUCGCCGAGUUGGCCGUCCAGAACUUCAUCACCGCCGACAAGGUCAACGUCGCCGGUCUCAUCCUCGCCGGUUCCGCCGAUUUCAAGAACGACCUCAACGCCUCCGAUCUGUUCGACGGCCGUCUGCAGACCAAGUCAUCAAGGUCGUCGACGUGUCGUACGGUGCGAGAACGGCUUCAACCAAGCAUCGAGCUCUCUCGACGCCUGUGGGCUUCGACAUGAUGGGCGAGCCGUAUGAGGGGGGGUAA